AUGGACACUGGAAACUGGAGCCAGGUGACAGAAUUCAUCAUUUUGGGCUUCCCCCACCUGCAAGGUGUGCAGACUUUCCUCUUCUUCUUACUACUUGUGGUGUACCUCACUACUGUAUUUGGAAACCUGCUGAUUUUCCUGGUGGUUCGCUUGGACUCCCGACUCCACACACCCAUGUAUCAGUUUGUCAGCAUUCUCUCCUUCUUGGAGCUGGGCUACACAGCUGCCACCAUCCCCAAGAUGCUGGCAAACUUGCUCAGUGAGAAGAAAACCAUUUCAUUCUCCGGCUGCCUCCUGCAGAUCUAUUUCUUCCACUCUCUGGGAGCUACUGAGUGCUAUCUCCUGACAGCUAUGGCUUAUGAUAGGUAUUUAGCCAUCUGCAAGCCCCUCCACUAUUCCACCCUCAUGACCCCAACACUUUGUACCAAGAUUGCUGUCGGAUGUUGGUUGGGAGGCUUAGCUGGGCCCGUGGCUGAAAUUUCCUUAGUGUCCCGCCUACCUUUCUGUGGCCCCAAUCGUAUUCAACAUAUCUUCUGUGAUUUCCCUCCUGUGCUGAGCUUGGCUUGCACGGACACAUCUACUAAUGUCUUAGUAGAUUUCAUAAUAAACUCCUGCAAGAUUUUGGCCACUUUCCUACUAAUCCUCAGCUCCUAUGUGCAGAUAAUCUGCACAGUGCUCAGGAUUCCCUCAGCGGCAGGCAAGAGGAAGGCCUUUUCCACAUGUGCCUCUCAUCUCACAGUGGUUCUCAUUUUCUAUGGGAGCAUCCUCUUCAUGUAUGUGAGGCUGAAGAAGAGCUACUCCCUGGACUAUGACCGGGCCCUUGCAGUGGUCUACUCAGUGAUUACCCCCUUCCUCAACCCCUUCAUCUACAGCCUUCGUAACAAGGAGAUCAAGAUGGCCAUGAAGAGGCAGCUAAAGCGAACAUGGAUCCUGGGCUGA